UCGAUGAUGGUGAUUAGAAGCAAAGAUGGAGUUCGAGUUGUGUUUGUGUAUCCUCUCAGUAUUAGGUUUAAUAGCAGCAGAUGAUUGUUGUAACUGCUUGGAUCCCGCCGACGAUCCAAAUAAUAUCGAAAGACCUUGUCCGAACUUCGACUUAGACUGCAUACGUGAUUUCUUCUGUAGCAAUGCUCAAUGCGAAGUAGCAUAUGGUCCUGUACCUGAACCACUGUUUUUAAAACACUACAGAUUGGAUGCUGCAAAUGCCAAUAUCACCGGAGAACUUUAUAAUGUCAACGUCGCAGGUCUUAAUGGGAACGUUGUUGAGUUUUACGUCAACAGAGCCACUGAAAAAGUGGUUCUCGCAAUGGAAGUUCGCUCCUUAAGAUUUCAUUCGCCCCUGACAAUAUUCAAGUAUAACAGGAAGCGCAAAGAACCGAUUGAGAGAAGCGACUACGUGGAAGCUGUUUACGGAGGGGCAACAUUUACAGCUGUCUUUCCAAGCAUCUGUGACUUAGACUUGGACAAUGUCGAAGUAUUUAGUUACAUCGAAGAUUCGAACCCGGAGUAUACAUUGGGAUCGUGUUUAACUUCCAACUUAGAUUUUGUAGCAGAAGCUCAGGUCCAGAAAUUUAUCAACAGCAUGUCUGAUAAUAUUAAAGAAAAGUUCAUAACGCAAGGGAAACUCUUCAUGAUAAAUUAUAUACAGUACAAUAUCUGUGACUUUGGAUUGUAGUUAGACUAAGUACUGUAGUUAGAUUCAGUACUAAGAAAGAUAAAAAAAUAUAUAUUUGAUUACCUUAGUAGGGGUUGGUAAAAAAAAUUUCAUCGGUUUUCGCGAACUACUUCUGUUCUUUAGUAUCGCGUUUGCUUUAUUAUUUCUGACGUGUCGAAUAAGUUACAGUUUUCGUAAUUACUGGACGACUAAUAUGUUGUUAUUCUAAGUAUAGUUUAAUGUGAUUGAAAAAUUUUAUUUUUAGUUAAAUCAUUUUUUUUAUCUUUGGUCGUUUACGUGAAUUAGCUCAUCAUCGGUAUCAAGAUGUAUAUAGUUAUAUACUGGUACAAAGGACUGUGUAAAGGCUUUCUUAGUGACCAGUUAAAGUUUUGAUAUUUUUUAUCUCCAGAAUAAAUGAUUCCCAUAGAGUUUUUAGGUUUUAUAAUUUGUGGCUUACUUGUUAUUCUAAGCAAUAACCUACACAAUUUGGUUCAACGCCUAGGGCUUUAGACAGCUGUGAAUUAUUUUAGCAAAUUUAUGAGAGAUAAUAAAUAAAUAAAAAAUUGUUUUGGGGAACAUUUUUGGUGCAGAGGAUUACAACAUUACAGAUAAUAUUAUGGCAUGACGUGGGAUAUAUCACAUUUUUCUAUUCAUUUUUUUUUAUCGUACAUAAUAAUAUUAAAUUUUGUAUAUAGUGUCGUAUCGUCGAGUCCAAUGUAUAUAUAACUUACGUGAAUUUGUUUCACCAUUUCUGCUCAGGAUUUUUGGCUUGUUUAAAAUAUGGAGUGAUGGUGUAGUUUACUAUAGCUAAUAGUUUGACAACCAAUUACUUAUAUACUUAUGGUUUAAAUUACAUUUUGAGUGAAAAUAAAAUUAUAUUGCUUUGA